CAACUGAAAUUUCCACGCACCAGAAAAAAGUCAAAAAGCAUAACCCAUUUGAUUUUUUUUUCUUUCCUUUUGAUCUGUUCAACUCAAGUUUAAUCUUAAGUUAUCCCGAGAAAAAAAAAAAGAAAACCAUUUUAAGGUGACGAAAGAAAAAAUUUUUCCAAAAUGCAUGAUUUUUGCUUCACAAUCCCUUAUGGAUUGAUUCUUGUGGGUGGAGGAGUUUUUGGGUAUUUGAGGAAAGGGAGCACAGCAUCACUUGGUGGGGGUGUUGGCAGUGGAUUGAUUCUCAUCAUUGCUGGAUAUUUAAGCCUUAAGGCUUUGGAGAAGAGAAAGAACUCUUACCUGGCUUUGGUUCUGGAGACUGUUACCGCUGCUGUGUUGACAUGGGUCAUGGGACAAGGUUAUUACCAAACUUCUAAGAUUAUGCCAGCUGGAAUUGUCGCUGGGAUCAGUGCUCUUAUGACCGGGUUUUACUUGUACAAAAUUGCAACCGGUGGCAAUCAUAUUCCAGCCAAGGCUGAAUGAUAGUGCUGAGAAUAUUGGCUUCACCAGUUUUAACAGAUACGUCAAGAUCAUUGAAGCUCGGAUGCUUGUAAUCGAAACUUUAAUUUCUUGAAUAAGUACUCUGAUGCGUGUAUGAUGCAAAAGAUAACCUGUCUUAUAUGUGAAAAAAACCUGGCUUGUGACCAAAAUUAUGUUGGUUAUAAACAAUUUUGUUCUUGUUAAGUGAAAAAAACCUGGCUUGUGACCAAAAUUAGGUUGUUUAUACACAAUUUUCUUGUUAAGUUCAAAUUUCUUGUCUUGGAAUGAUUAAUUCACUUAAUGUCCUAAUGAGAUCAGGUUUAUAGAGUGAGUUUAUUAUGCGAAUUGUAAUAUGAAUUUGCGUCCUGGUAUAUUCUCUAUGAAUUUGCAGACAUCCAGGCUUGCCUGGGAACCAGAACUGCAGUGUUCGUUAUAGAUUCUGCUGAACUUAAAUAGGAGAUUAGGAUUAGUACCUUUUUCUUCAAAUUACAAAAUGUCGAGUUACUAAAGGAAUUUCAAAUCCACUUGGAGGCCGUGCUGUGGGAAGGAAAUUUUUUAUGAAUUGAUUAGCAUGGUGUGAUAAG